AUGAUUGAGGAAAAGAUUGUGAUUGGUAUUGCAGCUGCCUGCAGCACAUUUGCCAUUCUUGCGUGCUUAGUGACCAUUCCAUCGUUGUACAACACCAUAAACGAUAUUCAUGACGAAGUUGUUGAUGGAGUCCAGGUUUUCCGUGUUGAAACAGAUUCAGCAUGGACUGAAAUGAUGGACAUCCAAAUAAGCGUUUCACCACCAAGCAAACCACGUGAGAACCCAUUCAAUAGCAUCUUCCGUCAGAAACGCCAAGACUUUUCGGGACUUCCAUCAUACUGUCAAUGUGAACCGACGAAACCGGCAUGCCCACCUGGACCACCAGGGCCACCUGGUGAACCUGGAACAGAUGGACCACCUGGACCACCUGGACCUCCAGGAGAGGACAAUACUGUUACAUACGCACCAAUUACAUGUCCUCCAUACGAUACAGCAUGCAUUAAAUGGCCAGCUGGACCUGCUGGAGACGCUGGGCCGCCAGGACCCGCUGGGCCCACUGGGCCUCCCGGACCACCCGGCAGAGAUGGACAAAGAGGACAAGGAAAACCAGGACCGAAAGGACCUACGGGACCAGCUGGAGCACCGGGAGCCCCAGGGCCAAAUGGAGAAAGAGGACAGGAUGGAAUCCCAGGACCAGCUGGUCCUCCUGGUCCAGCCGGCCAACAAGGACCUGCAGGUGCCAGUGGUAAGGAUGGACCACCUGGUAGCGUUGGUCUUCCAGGAAACGAUGCCGCUUAUUGCCCAUGCCCACCACGCUCAGCAGUUUUCGUCAGUCGAUUCUCUCAGUAA